AUGGCAGAUGAAAAGACAACACUUUUACCGACAACAGCAGAUGAUGUCAGUGUCACCCAAACAGAAGUUACAUAUUUAUCAGACAGAACUACACAUGAAAUUACAACACCUUUACCGACAACAACAGAUGAUGUCAGUAUUACCCAAACAGAAGAUACAUAUUUAUCAGACAGAACAACGGAUGAAAUUACAACACCUUUACCGACAACAACAGAUGAUGUCAGUAUUACCCAAACAGAAGAUACAUAUUUAUCAGACAGAACUACAGAUGAACAAACAACACCCAUUGCGGCUUCAGCAGAUUAUAUCAGUGUUACCCAGGAUUUGAGUUCAGAAAUAUUUACAGUUCCCACAAUCGGGACUUGUGUAUUUGGCGGCGUGAAAAUGGGCAUGGCGAAGAUGGCAGACAUGAGCCAAUCGAACAUCACUAACGCAUGCGCAAUGGCACCAUACUCGUCUGAUUAUGUGGCAGGGAUUGGCAGCUCCCAUAGUUUUAAUUAUUAUGAAUGUGGUGAAUGUUUGGUAGUGUCCGGUGUGGUUGGCACAGUUACUGUACUCGUUGUGGAGAAUUGUGGCGACUGUGACACCCAGGACCUAAUGCUUAACACUGCUGCCUUCAACGUAUUAUCAAUUUUGCCCAUUGACAUACCAGUUGUGUGGGAGGUUGUACCAUGUGACGUCUCGGAGGGUAUGAAGUUUAAGUUCAUGACCGGAAGCGACGAAUAUGGUUGGGGCAUUCAAGUUCGAGAUCAUCGGUAUCCAGUCGCUGACAUGUGCGUCAUAGUCGGGACUAUUUGUCAGCCAUUGUUGAAAAUGAACACCAAUUAUUUUGUAAAUAACAACAACAUUACUGCACCUUUUACGUUGACGAUUGUGUCCAUAAAUGGCGUUGAAGCCAGUGUUGAAAUAGACGCCAUCUACAGCGAAGAUGUAUUGAUCCACACUAAUGUACAAUUUCCAAAUGUUUGCUAA